AUGCGUCGCAAGCACGGGCACUCCUCGCGCUUGUUGGGCACAGUCGUCGGGGUUCAUGGGUACUACGAAAGGAUCCUGCCAGUAGAUGAGGGCGGUUCGGACAUGGUUAAUGUGAACGAAGACCUAGGGGGAGGGCACGCUCGACCGACUGAGGGAGUUUUGUACAUACAAGAGAGCUGGAGACACCAGAGAGUCACAGGCAGAGGUGAAAUGUGA